CCAUCCACAUCACGUCCAUCCAUUCAGUUUUCAUCCUUCGUCCUAGCCGGCCCUUUCCCCCCUUCGCACACUUCGGGCGCCAAUGAUGCCCAGUGUAAACACAGCCAAUGCCCGAACGAAGCGCCCUCAAUGGCAUCCAAUUCCGCCUCCUCUGAAUCUUUCGACCCGGGGCCCGGCCGCUCCACGUGACACGUUGGCGCCCGUGGCUGAACAUGUGAGAGGCUGGCAGAGAUGAAUGAGGCCUAGCAACUUCUCAGCCUCACCAUGGACGACUUCUUCCACAUACCCUUCACAGAAUUGUACAGCGUUUCCGUUGACAAGUCCCUGUUGAUCUUCUAAUCUUCGAUACCUGCGUCGAAGCUUACGAGGAGCGCCCGCUCGCAAUACCAUGGCCCUCGCCUUGAGGACUGCUGCACCUUUGAGACCCGAAAUCAGGCUGGCCCAGGCGCUCUCGGAAUUCGAGGCCAUUCUCAGCGAUGACGAUAAGAAAUCGUUUCGAACUUGGCGUGCCGAAAGACCUCCCGCAGUAUCCGACGUAAUGAAGGUCACAGCUGAGAUUGACAAGAACAACGGCCGGCGCACGAGUCGUCGCUGCUUUGGCCCGCGCUUGACUUCCAUACUGGGAGCCGUACAGCAAUUCUCAACCGUUGUCGAUGUCAUUAUAGGUGGGACCCAAUCGCCGAUUGCGACUUCCAUUUGGGGCGUACUUCGGAUGACCUUACAGAUAACCGUCAACUUUGCGUCGUAUUUCGACAGCCUGUCAGCCUUGUUUAUGCGCAUUGGACGCUCAUGUCCCCGCUAUGAGCAAUACGGUGUCAUGUAUCCCAAAUCUCCCAGGCUACAGGAGGCUCUGUGUGAAUAUUUCUGCACGGUUGUCCUUGUCUGCAAGAAAGCAGUUCUCUUUAUUAUGAAAAGCCCACUCGCUCAACUAUCAGCCACCAUUCUCAAGCCAUUUCAAUCGGAAUUCGGCCCGCUCGAGCUUAAUCUCUCAACAAUGGCAGAGUCUAUACGCGAAGAGGCCUCGGUAGCGUUCAAACAGGAGGUUGCCCUCGAGACAAGGGAGGCCUCCAAUUUUCGAGCGUGGUCCUCGUCAAAGGCGUCAACGGAGAUCCAUGAAGCCAAGAAAUUCAAAGCUCAAAAGGCGAAGUUUCAUUUUUUGGAUACAUGCUCCACUUACAAUCACCAGACGGCGUGGAAGCGAGCUCGGAAGGCGGGUGAGAGCUCACGGAUCUUCGACCACGCCGCCUAUAGGCAAUGGAUUCAAUCUUCUGCGUCGAGUGUGCUUUGGAUUACAGGAAUUCUGGGGUCCGGGAAGACGGUCUCCACAGCGAGCGUGUUGCAGGAAAUUAGCAUCAGCUUCCCGAAUGCUCUUGUCUGCUAUUUUUUCUGUAGCCACGACGACGCAGAAUCGCUUAAGGCCAGGACCAUUGUUGGAAGCCUCGCAAGGCAGCUUUUGAGCUUGCUCGACCCAGCCGCGUUUGGCAGGAUCGAUGCCAGCGAAUCGGGCGCACUCGACAAUGACGAGAUCGUGUCUUGCCUCCUCAACUUACUUCCUCAAAGUGAACAGAACUUCGUCAUUAUCGAUGGUCUCGAUGAAUGUAUUGAGACUGAGCUGGACCAACUAUUUGAUUCUCUCGGCAAGCUCCUAAAGUCACAUCACCGCUUUUACAUCUUCUGCUCGAGUUGUCCAGACCUUCACACAAGAUAUCGGGCUACCCUACAACCUCAGUAUCAUUUGCCAUUACCGGUGCAGAACCCUGAAAUCGCUCAAUAUAUCAAUGGUGCUUUGGAAGACCGUUUGAAAACAGGCAGCCUGUGCUUAGGAGAUCCAACCAUAAUUUUAACCAUCAGACAGGCUCUCACGGAGGGAAGCCAUGGGAUGUUCCUCUGGGUCGUGUUUCAGCUCGAAUCGAUAUGCGCCGAGCUCACCGACGAAGGGAUUUUGCAAGCGCUCCAAUCUUUGCCGAAGGACUUGCCAGAAACUUUCGAUCGUGUCCUCCGGAAGAUGGCAGCGAAAAGGACCGUAAAUCCAAGCACUUGCCACAAGAUCUUUGCGAUUGUCGCUGCGGCUCAGCGGCCGUUGGCUUUGGAUGAACUUCGCGAGGCGAUGGGCGUCGUGCCAGGAGAGACUGAGCGGGAUUCACGAAGGCUGAUUAAUGACAUUCGGACGGCGGUCAACGGUUGCGGCAGUUUGUUGCUCAUCGAUGAGGAAGAUUCUACGGUUCGUUUCACCCAUCACAGCGUUAAACAAUACAUUCUGUCCAGUCCACAGGACGGAUUUACUCGUCAAUUCCAUGUGAAAUUGCCAGAGGCCGAUCUGAGUUUAGGUGAAAUCUGCGUCACCUACUUGAACUUCAAUGUCUUCGACACCACGCUCACCAAAACAAGUAAUCGCGCGCCUCUACAACCACACGACAUAACCACCUCGAUUGUUGAAAGAACGCUCCCGUGGACCGUAAUCAGCAAAAUUGCACUGGGACUCUUGAAAAGGGAGGGAGUAGGGGACUUCGACCUAGAAUCUCGUCUCCGAGCUGUGGGAAUCGGGGAACGAAGACAAGAAAGUUAUCCAUUUUUGGCCUACGCAAAGACAUUUUGGUUAUUCCACACUCGGAAAUUCGAAAGAGGAAGGCAGGUGACUUACGGACUGUGGCUUCGUCUGUUGUCGAACAGUGUCAAGGUUGUCAUGCUUCCUUGGGGUCCCAAACCCUCGGAUGGGAAAGAAGAAGAAGAAGUCCUGAAGUGGGCUGUGGAAAACGAACAUGAAGCUCUCGUCCACGCGACAAUAUCGAAACUUGGCACGUCAAACGCGGGCUUUACUUAUGAAGCAUUGCAGUCACUCCUCGGGGUGGUGGAAGGGCGUGCCAGCUCCACCGCGCAAUUAGUGUUGGAAUUUCUUUUCGAAGUUAGGGUUCGCUGGGAAGAGGUAUGAACAGGAAGAGGUAUGAGUAGGAAGAGAUUUUGAAGCUCUUACUUGGUCGAGACGAUCUCGAUAUACACAUGAGGAACCACUACGGACAAACGGCGUUGCAAUGGGCUGCUCAGUCCAAGAUUCGAUUGCUUGAUCCGCUCCUAUAAUUAGGACUCGAUCCCUUAAGGACUUGAUUCCUAUCCGACUCGAAAACGUCAAGACGGCUCACGGCACUUAAGAAUCAUAUUGGCAAGGGGCGGGUUUCAAAGGCAGCUCGACAUUGACGAUAAGCUGGAGGCUGUUCCCUCUCUUGCGCUCUUAGCCAUCAGGAACGCCAUCUUCAAAGCGAAUUGGGUGAUUAUUUUCAAGAAGCAGCCGCCACUCGACCGGGCGACUGGUGGACGCUCGUCUCGAGCGAAAACACGUCUGGGUCGUCAAGCUCAAGGACCGGUAGCGGUUUUGUCAGGUCCGGUGCGUAUGAGGUCGGCCGGAAAUGUUUGAUCGGCCUGACCAACUGGCUGUCCGAGGAGUUUGUCGACUUUGUGAUGGUCCUUCUCGCGGCCACAAAAUCUCGCCACAUCUCCUGGAUGAAUCUGAAGUUGAUCGACAAGGGGUCGAAGAACUCGGCCAACAGCUGCCAGACAGUGUCGAGGUGCUGGAUGUCAGGGUAGAGCCUAAUGAUCUGGUGCACGAACCACCAUCGUUCGGGUUGGUUCCGCGACGCGGCCGUGCCCGCCAACAAGAUGUUGAAGAGCGUGGUGUGGCAGAUGGAGCUCAUGGUCGGAAGAUCCAUGUUAGACAGGCGGUACUGCAGUUCGAGCAGGUUCGAGCGAACGAUGAGGGCCGAGGUGUUGAAGCUGAUGCAGUUCAGGUACAUCCAGAAGAACAGCGCAAUCUGAUAGCACCGCUGCAUCUCGAGGUGCUCGGGCUCGCCCAGAAACCGGCAGCUAUCUGGGUCCAUUCGCGCAAUCGCGGUCGCACUGCCCGGCAGCAAGCUGGAGCUGGGACUCUCUGGCCGCCAGGCCAGCAUGCGCCCUGCCAGAUGCGCUCGAUGAGAAUACCAUUCCCGGUCGGACUUCCAGAAUCUCCUGUCAAUCUCGAUCAUCUCUCUUCGUCCCUCUGAAUUUCGGCGGCGGGCCUUGCGAACCACGACGAUCGAGCGGCUGUGGAGGAAUGCGCCGAUGAUGUUGACUUUGGAUCUGGGAUGCACAGUCAGCGGACUGGUGUAUAGAGGGACGAACCUGGAAUGCUCACACGGCCAGUUCUGUUUCUAGGGCAGCUUCAUUGGUGUCGAGGAGCAAGGACAUCCGCUUCAGCGCCUGGAGGUGCAUUCUGCCGCUUUCGCCGUCUGCCAGUAGCACCUAGAACCGUCAGACGGUGUCGGCUCAGGAAUAUCUCCCUGUUCGCUUCAUCCCCCAACUUACCGAUAGUCGGUAUAGGAACAGGAUGGCUUGAUAGCAUGAAUCAUCGACAACCUGAUUUGGAUCACUUAGGACGGCAUUCAGCUCGGCCAGGCAUCUUGUAUGGAGGCGUAACCAGGCCGGUAUCUGCCACGGCGACUUCUGGCCCUUUUCGGUCGGUGGUGGUAGCACUACACCAGGGCCCCUGAACACAUA